ACUCAUCAUAUUUUUAUGAUCUGCUUUUCAUAUGAAGUGUAGCAGUCAUUAAUCAAGUUUCAAAAUGCCAAAAGGGACAUUUUAUUUUGCCUUCAAAAAUCAGAUAUUCAACAUGUGCAGUACAGGCUUACUUCCUGGGCUUCACAUGCUCAUGUUAGCUGACGGCAUGCUUUCUGGUCUUGUUAAAUCUGCGUGUAUGGCUUGCUAAAACUACAUUCAGUGUCAUGUGGUGACUGCAGGGAUCUUCUAGUCCACAAAAGGGCUUCUUUUUUUUUUUUUUUUAACCAUCAAAUUCAGCAAACAUAUUGUGGAUUGAAAUUUUCAGGUCAUGUUGUACCCAGUAGAGGUUGUUUUAACUUAUUUUCACUUUGAGAAUGAAACAAAUGUGUACUUUUACCAGGCCCAAACCUUUGCAUACCACUGCAGCUUUACAAACAGGUAGUAAAGUAAAAAACAAUGACACAGUGAAGGGCAUUAAAGGUUUAUACGAAAAUGUACAUGACAUAAAGGCCUUGGUACAUGCAUUCACAAUGUAAAUUAUUUUUAACACAAUUCAUGUACAACUUUGAAAAUAAAUAUCCUCAACAGAUACCUCACAUAAAAACCAUAGAACGUAUAAUCAUCAGCUUUAGCUGUCAUGUACAUUACAGAUUCUACACUGUCAGUAAAAGAACUGGAAAUGGCAGUACUGUCAAGUCCAUUUUCAGAACACAUGUUGGCAAGACACACAGCCAUGUUUUCACAUUCAGAUGUCAGUUUCAUCAUCACAAAAUAUCAGCCUUUGGACCUCAAGGGAAACACAUUUUUACAAAUAAUAUCAUAAACAACUGUAAAGGAAAACGGGAUCCCAGUUUGUCCCAGUCAUUGUGCUUUUCUUCAAAUGUAUUUUCCACACAUUUCAUUUCAUUCACUUGUAUGAAUUUAUGUAUGAGUACAGAGUACAUUUUUAGGGUUUGUCACCUGUAUAAAUCAUCUUGUGGUAAUUUAACUAACUUCCAUGGGAAAAACACUUUCCAUACUGAAUACAUUUAUAGGGCUUUUCAACUCUGUGAAUUAUCAGGAGUUCAUUUAAACCCAUUUUUUACUGAAACACUUCUCACACUAUGCAGACUUCUGGGGCUUUUCAUCUGCAUGGAUUCUCAGGUGUUUAUUUAAAUCAGAUUUUGUUUUAAAACAUUUCCCACACAGGGUACACUUGUAUGACUUUUCAUCUGUAUGAAUUGUCUGGUGUGUAUUUAAUGCAGAUGUUGUACGAAAGCACUUCUCACACUGUGCGCACCUGUAUGGGUUUUCACCUGUAUGAACCAGUUUGUGCUGAUUUAACUGACUACUUUGGGAAAAACACUUUUGACACUGAAUACAUUUGAAGAGCUUUUCCCCAGUAUGAAUUCUCAGGUGUUUAUUUAAAUCAGAUGUUGUAGUAAAACACUUCUCACAUUCUCCACACUUGUAUGGCUUUUCACCUGUAUGAAUUAUCUGGUGUGUGUUUAAUAUAGAUGGUGUUUUAAAACACUUCUUACACUGCGUACACUUGUAGGGCUUUUCAUUUUUAGGAAUGAUCUUGUGGCAAUUUAAGUUAGAUAUUUUGGAAAUGCAGUUCCCCAACUGAAUACAUUUGUAGAGCUUUUAAAUUUCAUGAGUUCUCAGGUGGGCAUUUAAAAUAUGUUUUUUUUUAAUAAAAAAAAACCCUUCCCACACUGAGGACAUCUGGAGGGGUUUUCACCUGUAUGAAUCAUCGUGUGCUGAUAUAACUGACUUCCCUUGGAAAAACAUUUCCCACACUGAAGACAUCUGUAUGGCUCUUCACCUGUAUUCACCUGAAUUCUCAGGUGCACAUUUAAAUUAUUUUGUAACUUUUUCCACACUGAGUACACUUGUUGAGUUUGUCACCUGUGUGAAUUCUCAUGUGUACACCUAACUGAAAUUUUCUACUAUAACACUUCCCACAAUGUGUACACUGGUAUGGCUUUACACCUGUAUGAAUUCUCAGGUGUUUAUCCAAAUCAGAUUCUGUAUUAAAACACUUUUCACACUGUGUACAUUUGUAGAGCUUUUCACCCGUAUACAUUCUAUGGUGUCUAUUUAAGGCAUAUUUUCUUUGAAAACACUUCCCACACUGUUCACACUUGUAUGGUGCUUCAUCUGUAGGAAUGUCACCCUCAUUUUGACAAAUUGCCUUGUUCUGAAUUAAAUUCAAAAGGCUUGGGUUUUUACUUGGAUGAACUAUCUUUGAUUCAAUUAUCACAUACAUACUCUGAAAAUCUAUGUGUUUUUUGUUUCCAUUUGUAUUUUCAUUGUUUCUGUCACAGUAAUGAUUUUAGGUUUCCACACUGGGUUUGCAGAUCAUGAAUUUCCUCUAUUUUACAGUUUGGAUUCUGCUUUCCCGCACUUUGCCAUGGUUCAGUCUGGGCUGUGUGAUCAACAUCUGCUCUAUUCAUCACAGGAUUCAUGAAAUCACUCACUAAACUUUCACUGGAUUCACACUUGAUUUUAUCAGAUUUAACAUUUGAUAUCCUGCGAGUCACUGAUAUGUUCUGCCUUAAGGUAUUCUCCAUCAUUAGUCUCUUGUUUUGAUUUGGUCAGGAUGCAGAUGGGCUACACAUCCCAGCUCUGCACUGCCUAGGCUCUCUGUCUUAAUAAGAUCUCCAGUGUGGGUGGAGCCCAGAUGAGUUUCUGUUAUUAUCAGUGAUGUGUGUGUGUGUGGUGUACAUCACUGACCCCACAGUGUGCUGUAACACAGUCUGGCUCCAGUGUGUUGAGUCCUGGUGCAGCACACUCUAUCUCUGUCUCUGAUAUGUGGACAAACUGCAGUCCACUGAGUUCCUCGUCUUUCUUUCUGAUCCUGUGCUGCGCAGUGAAUUCUGGUAGUGUUGUCUCAGUGUCCUGUCUCAGACAGGCUCCUGCCUGCAUCAUCCUGCUGCUCAAAGGUGUGCAGAACUGCAGUUCCUGGAGGGAAACAGGGAAAGGGAUUUAGCCUUAAUCAAACAGGUUCUACUGCAGCAGCUGACAUGCUUUACACUCUGCAGUCCUGCAGAUGUCUGACUGACCACUGUAGGCACUCUUGCAUUAUGAGGAGGGGAGAACCUGCCUUCUCUCAUGUCAGAUUUCAAAAUGCAGUUUUAAAUUAAACUGUCACUUUGUGCAUUCUUUUGAAGACCUAUGCUAUUUAUUUAGAGGCUGCGCAACUCACCACUGAACUUUGAGUUCACCUACCGGCUAAUAAAAGAAAUGACCACAAAUUACUUAAUGAAUGGGUAAACAAUACGUUUUCUUAGAAUGGGCAUAUAGGCUAAGUUUGACAUGAUCAUAGACUAUUGUACAAAGAAACUGUAAUAACCAUUGAUUUUUUUCUUAUUGAACGACAAAUAAAAGGCAGUUAAAAGAUAAAUGUAUGCUCUCUCCAAUGUUUUUUCCCCUCGUUUUCCCGCAAAAUUUUCAAUGGGAAAAUGAAUGGGGAUACAGAAAAGGCAAGAUGCAAUUGAUGAGGUAAAAUUUGUCAAGCCUUUUUAUCAGGGAAGCAUCUUGAGUGAUGUUAAAAAUUAGGUCAAGUCAGCUGAGAGUAGUUUAGAUAACAUAAAACAUGAAUUUUUUUUUGGCAAUGAAAAAAUAUCUUGAACGGAUCAUUAAACCACUUUCUAAAAACAUUAUAAUUGCAGAUUGUGUAUCAGUGUGAGUAAGAAUUUGCCUACAAAAACUUCCAAGCCAUAAUGAUAUUCCAAAUGAGAAAAUCUUUAAAAAUCAUUCUGGAUACAGCCGUCAGGGGCAGAAUUAUUCCAGUUACUGCCAUUUUUAAUUUUCUUCGGGGGAGGUUUUAAAGUAAAAUGUGCUUUUAUUUUGAAAUUCUAUGCAGAAACUGCACCAGAAGUAAAUAUUUUUGGGGAGACAACCUUCCGUACAUUUUUCCACACACCGUAGGCUGGUUCACACGAUCUAAACAUACGGAUCAUUCGCCAGGUAGUUGCUUUAAGAAAAACAAACGAUUGAGUUUACGUCGUUGAGUCAUCAACGAAUACGGAGGCUUCUGUACCUCUUUGAUGCUUUGCCAGUUAGAGGAAACUCCUGGCAGUUUUUUUUUACCGCACUGGACACGUCUAAGGAGCUGAACUUCUGCAUGGCAGGAGUCUGUCUGAGACAGGACACUGAGACAACACAACCAGAGCUCACUGAGCAGCACAGGAUCAGACAGAAAGAAGAGGAACUCAGUGGACUACAGUUUGUCCACAUGGCAGAGUCAGAGACAGAAUGUGCUGCAGCAGGACUCAACACACUGGAGCCAGAGUGUGUUACAGCACACAGUGGGGAGCUGCACUUCUGCACACCUUUGACCAGCAGCAUGAUGCAGGCAGGAAUCUGACUGAGCAGCACAGGAUCAGACAGAAAGAAGAGGAACUGGAGUCUGUCCACAUGGCAGAGACAGAGUGUGCUGCACCAGGACUCAACACACUUCAGCCAGUGUGUGUUACAGGGCACAGCGGGGAGCUGCAGUUCUGAACACCUUUGAGCAGCAGUAUGAUGCAGGCAGGAGUCUGUCUGAGACAGGACACUGAGACAACACUACCAGAGCUUACUGAGCAGCACAGGAUCAGACAGAAAGAAGAGGAACUCAGUGGACUGGAGUCUGUCUGCAUGGCAGAGUCAGAGACAGAGUGUGCUGCACCAGGACUCAACACACUGGAGCCAGAGUGUGUUACAGCACAAAGUGGGGUCCGUGAUGUACACCAUACACACACAUCACUGAUUAAAACAGAAACUGAUCUGGGCUCCACCCACGCUGGGGAUUUUAAGAGCGAGAGCCUCAACAGUACAGAGCUGGGAUAUGUAUUACAUCUUCAUCCUGACCAAAUCAAAACAGAGGCUGAUGAUGGAGGAUAUAUUAAACCAGAACACAUCAGUGACUUGCAGGAUAUUAAAUGUAUUGAUAUUAAAUCUGAUCAAAUUAAGUGUAAAUCCAGUGAAAGGUUAAUGAGUGAUCUCAUGAAUACUGUGAUGACGGAACCAUGGCAAUGUGCAGGAGAGCCAAACCCAAACUGUAAAAAUGAAAUUAAUCUGCCUACCCGAUGUGAGGAUUUAAAUAAUCAGUGUGACAUAAAGAAUGGGAAUAAUCAGACCAGUGUUGUUCAGAAAAGUACAAACAGUGGCAACAAACAUAAACAUUGUAGAAUUAAUGUAAUAAUUGAACCCAUGAUAAUUAAUUCAAGUAUAAAUAAAGGUGACAUAAUGAUCAAUUCAAUAAGAUCUCUUCUCCAAAAUCCAUUUGAGAGGAGAACUUUGGUGGAGAAACUACAAGUCAAAGAGCUUGGCCCAGAUCAACCUGACAUCAAAAUCAGACAACAGGCUAGCGAAAAAGGUAGAACGUACACGCGAGGUUUCUCCCGUAAUUGGUACAACAGAAAGGCUUGGCUAGCUGGGUGCAGUCAUGUAAAUGCCGUAUUUUGCUUCCCAUGCUUACUUUUUAAAACGAAGGGGACAGAUACAACAUGGACUGUUACAGGAGUAAGGGACAUGAAACAUUUAUCUGAGAAGAUUAAGAAACAUGAGUGUACCAGGGCACACAUGGAGAAUACGGUCAAGCUAGCCAUGCUAGGCAGAGUUGACAUAGCUACGCAACUGGACGAACGCCACAGGAUUGCGGUGAGGAAACACAACGAAGAGGUGGAUAAGAACAGGCACAUUUUAUCAAAGAUAAUUGACUGUGUUAAAUUCUGCGGAGCCUUUGAGCUGGCCUUGCGCGGCCACAAUGAGACCGAAUCCUCAGACAACCCGGGUGUUUUCAGGGGUUUAGUAGAUCUUGUCGCCUCACUAGACAGUGUGUUGGAGGAGCACCUUAAGACAGCUACCGUUUUCAAAGGCACCUCAAUGACUGUGCAAAAUGAACUUUUGGACUGCAUGCUGUCAGUUUCUAAAGAUUACAUUCUGGAGGAAGUAAAAAAUGCCGAUUAUCUUGCUAUUAGGGUAGAUGAGACAACUGACAUUUCCACCCACUGCCAGUUGGUGCUUGUGCUGCGGUACAUCGACAUCCAUAACAACGUCCAAGAGCGUUUUUUUGAGUUCAUCCCUCUUCAGAAUGCGACCGCUGACACAAUCGCCACAGCGCUGUUGGAGAGUCUUAGCACUGUCCUCCCCGAGGGACAAGAGAGCAGACUAAUCGCCCAGGCCUAUGACGGGGCUGCCGUGAUGAGGGGAGCCACAGGUGGAGUGCAGCGUAAGGUAAAGGAUGUCUAUGGAAGUGCACACUACGUCCACUGCUAUGCGCAUCAGCUGAACCUCAUCAUGCAGCAGGCAACUUCACACAUCCCCAGGAUCAGCACUUUUUUUUCAGACCUCGGUGGAUUUGCUGCAUUCUUCUCCUGGUCAUUGAAGCGAACCACCGUGCUUGAUCAAGUGGUGGCACGCAAACUUCCCGGAACUUCAACAACAAGGUGGAACUUCCACACUCGUGCUGUUAACACUGUGUACGAGCACAAGGACGACCUCCUACGGUGUUUCCAGACCAUCAGAGACUCUGGUAACUUUGAUCCUCCAACUGUCAGAGAGGCCGGGGGCUUUGUGAGAAUGCUGGAAGAUGAGGAUUUCUGCUUUUUCCUGGCAUUGUUUCACAAGAUCAUGCCACACGUGGACCUGCUGUUUAACCAGCUGCAGAAGAGGGACAUCAACUCUGUCUACAUCACAGGAAUCAUCCAGAGGUUCACCGACAGCAUGCAAACGAUCAGGGACUCCAUUCCUUCUCUGCAUGGGGAAUACAGUGGAUCUGUGAAGCAGCAGCCAACAAAGAAACGGAGGACACUAGGACAAGAAGAACAACAGCGUUUGGCUACAGAGGUAUGUGAUACCGUUUUGAGUCAUGCCAAGGAGCGGUUCUCUUUCACCAAGCACCUCAUCAGUGCCACUCUGUUGCAAGGAGACUUGUUCCCAGCACACACCGUAAAGUUCCCAGAUUCAGCACUGGAAACCGCAGUGGAGGCCUACCCCAUGUUGAACAAGGCCAAGCUCAAAACAGAACUAUCCCUGAUCUAUGAGAACGAUGAGUUCAAGGCUUGCAGUGGUGCACUGACUCUGUUCCAGUUUUUUAUGGAGAACAACCUUCAGGGCUCGUUCACUGAGACUGUCAGUCUUCUCAAGAUUCUCAUCACCACACCCAUGACAACAGCAGAAUCAGAGAGGUGCUUCUCUACCUUAAAGAGGAUCAAGACCUUCCUGAGGAACACCAUGACACAGGAUCGCCUGAAUGCUCUGGCUAUGCUCUCCAUGGAGAAAAAACUUAUCAGAAACAUUCCUGACUUCAAUAAUAGGGUCAUUGAGAGGUUUGCCACUCAGAAGGACAGAAGGGCAAAAUUCCUGUACAAAUAAGAUGUCAGACACGCAAACACACACACGCAGAAGUUCCCCUGACCCCAUUUUCCUUUGUACAUAGCUACUGAAACUGACUGAAUAUGGCAGAGCCCCACCCAGAAUAUUUUUCACCAGCCGCCACUGGUGAUAUUUGUGCAGUUGAAAAACUCUACAAGUGUGCACAGUGUGAGAAGUGGUUUCCUAUAAAAUCAGCUUCAUAUGCACACCUGAGAAGUCAUACAGGUGCAAAGCCCAACCAAUGUAUUCAUUGUGGCAAGCAUUUUCAGCAGAAAAGUCAUUUAAAAAUUCACCUGAGAAUUCAUGCAGGUGAAAAGCCAUACAAAUAUACACAGUGUGGGAAGUGCUUUUGUGCCAAAUCUGAUACAAAUGUACAGAAAUGUGUUUCAAGAAGGUAUGCUUUAAAUAGACAUCUGACUAUUCAUUCAGGUGUAAAGCCCAAUCAGGGCCGGCCCUGACAAUGUUGGAGCCCUAGGUGAGAUUUUAGAUUGGCGCCCCCCCCCAAUCUGUGCCCAACUCUGAACACUAAACACCACUUAAUUUUUUUAUACUUUAAUGCAAGAAAUUAAACAUUGUAAAACAAUAUCAAUAAGUAAAGUACAAUAUAUAAUAAAUAACAUAUUAAUUAUAGGGCUGUCAAUCGAUUAAAUUACAUGAUAUGCUGAUUAAUCAAAUGAAUCACAAUUAAUCGCAUAUCAAUAUUUGCUUGGAAAAGCCCCCAAGAUAUGAAGAUAUUUCAACUCAAAAAUAUUACAUUAUUGUGGCAUGAGUAAAACAUUGAAUGGAAAUAUCAAAAGGGGGCAUUAGAAAUCAAUAAAUUGUUUUAUUUCCAAUCAUUUUUCCUAAUACAUGUCUUUUUAUCAUUGAACAUAAGCGUCACUUAGCCUAAAAUUUGGCUGUAACAGUUUUUAAAUUAAAAAAAAAACAAAACUAUUUGACAUACUAUUUACAUGUGCAACUAACGCACUGACCGGUUGGAAUUGUGCAACGCACGGUGUCAGACGGGGUGCGUUCGUAAAUUCACUCCGGUGGUGUCAGUGGCACCCUGAGUGCUCUCUUGUCGAGCCACACCGACUGCUCCUGAAGGGCCGGUUUGUCAGUGUCGGAACCACAUAAUGGCUGACAGUGUGGCAAGAUGCAACGGUUGGGUUAUUAGCGACAGUACUCUGUUGACGCCACUAGAGGGAAAAAAACAUUCUCUUGCGGCGCCCCUCUGCCAUUUUGCGGCAGGGGCGGCCCGCCUAUGCCAUUGGCCGCCCCUGAGCCCAGUGAAUGUUUUCAAUGUGGCAAAUGUUUUCGUACAAAAUGUGCUUUAAAUACACACUUUAGAAUUCAUACAGGUGAUAAGCCAUACAAGUGUACAUAUUGUGCUAUGUGUUUUAAUACUAAAUCUACUUUAAAUAAACGUGAAGAUUCACACUCCUGAAAAGCCCUACAAAUGUCCUCAAAGUGGGAGGUGCUAUUCCAGAAUGUCAUUUAAAUAGCCACCAGACAAUUCUUACAGGUGAAAAACCCUACUGUUCUCAGUGCGAUAAGUGUUUCUCUAGUCUAAAUGAUUUAAAUGUACACCUGAGAAUUCAUAUAGGUGAAAAGCCAUAGAAGUGUGCACAUUGUGAGUAGGGCUUGUUUUAAAACAAAAGCUGUUUUAAGAAUCCACAAGCUUGCCACCAGAAAAUUCAGGCGCAAAGCCCUACACAUCUAUUCAGUACACCUGAAUACAUUUGAUAACAUUUAAGAAAAUGUUUAAAUAAAAAUUUCAUUUCAAUGACCCAAAAGUUCACAUUUAUUUGCCAUCAAAUUUAGAAGAUUUCCCCAGUGUGGAACUGGGCAUAUUCAAUUCCCAAACCCAUUGUCUGUAACUGCAGCCCUGUGCUUGCGGGAACCCCACUCCUGAUUUUGGGGGAUUGUUAUUUGGUGGGUGCUUAUUUUGUGUUCAAGGAUUGAAUAAAUGCUGGUAAGCCAACGAUUUUAAA